GGUGAAAUGGCGCAGAAAGGAGAUCAGCUGGAUCAGGAAACCUUUUCUUGUUCGAUCUGUUUGGAUCUUUUAAAGGAUCCGGUGACUAUUCCCUGUGGACACAGUUACUGUAUGAACUGUAUUAAAACCUACUGGGAUGAAGGAGAGAAGAAAAUCCCCAGCUGUCCUCAGUGUAGAGAGACGUUCAUCCCGAAGCCUGUGCUGGUGAAAAACACCAUGUUAGCAGCUUUAGUGGAGCAGCUGAAGAAGACUGGACUACAAGCUGCUCCUGCUGAUCACUGCUAUGCUGGACCUGAAGAUGUGGCCUGUGAUGUCUGCUCUGGAAGAAAACUGAAAGCUGUAACGUCCUGUUUGGUCUGUCUGGCCUCUUACUGCGAGAAACACCUUCAACCUCACCAUGAUGCGGCUCCAUUAAAGAAACACAAGCUGGUGGAUCCCUCCAAGAACCUGCAGGACAACAUCUGCCCCCGUCAUGACGAGGUGAGGAAGAUGUUCUGUCGUACUGAUCAGCAGAGUAUCUGUUAUCUCUGCUCUGUGGAUGAACAUAAAGGCCACGACACAGUCUCAGCUGCAGCAGAACGGACCGAGAGGCAGAGAGAGAUGGAGGUGAGUCGACAACAAAUCCAGCAGGAAAUACAGGACAGAGAGAAAGAUGUGAAGCUGCUUCAGCAGGAGGUGGAGGCCAUCAAUCAGUCUGCUGAUAAAACAGUGGAGGAUAGUGAGGAGAUCUUCACUAAGCUGAUCUCUCUCCUCCAGAAGAGAAGCUCUGAUGUGAAGCAGCAGAUCAGAUCCCAGCAGAAAACUGAAGUGAGGAGAGUCAGAGAGCUGGAGGAGAAGCUGCAGCAGGAGAUCACUGACCUGAAGAGGAGAGACGCUGAGAUGGAGAAGCUCAGAGACAUGGAGGACAACAACCAGUUCCUCCACAUUUACCCCUCACUGUCACCACUCAGUGAGUCCACACACUCCUCCGGCAUCAGCAUCCGUCCUCUCAGGUACUUUCAGGAUGUGGCAGCAGCUGUGUCAGAGGUCAGAGGUCGACUACAGGACAUCCUGAGAGACACGUGGACAAACGUCUCACUGGCCAUCACUGAUGUGGAUGUUUUACUGUCAGAACCACAACCAGAACCAAAGAGCAGAGCUGGAUUCUUGAAAUAUUCAUGUGAAAUCACUCUGGAUCCAAACACAGUACACAGACUGCUGUUACUGUCAGAGGAGAACAGAAAGGUGACAGUUAUGAAGAAACAUCAGUCUUAUUCUGAUCAUCCAGACAGAUUCACUAAUGUUCUUCAGGUCCUGAGUAGAGAGAGUCUGACUGGACGUCAUUACUGGGAGGUGGAGAGGAAAGCAGAUCUAGUUGGUGUAGCAGUUUCAUACAAGAAUAUCAGCAGAUCAGGGGAGCCGAGAGAAUGUGGAUUAGGGAGAAAUGACAAAUCUUGGUCACUAUAUUGUUACUCAGACAGAUAUGUAUUUUGUUACAACAACAUCCAAACCUCCGUCUCAGGUCCUCCUUCCUCCAGAAUAGGAGUUUACCUGGAUCACAGAGCAGGUUUUCUGUCCUUCUACAGCGUCUCUGGAACCAUGACCCUCCUCCACAGAGUCCAGACCACCUUCAAUCAGCCGCUCCACGCUGGAGUCGGGAUUAAACACUGUCCUGGAGACUCAGCUGAGUUCCGUAAACUCAAAUAGACUUUUUUCUUCUCCAUGUUCAUAAGUCAGUGUUGAUUGUUGUGAUUUUUCUUCACUAUUAAGAGGCCGACGUCUCCAACUCUGAUUGUGGGGGGAAUAUUGCUGUUCUAUUAGUAGGUGUUUUGUUAUUUCAUCUUUUCCAGGUAGCACUGUUUUAUUUCUGUUCACUUGUGAAAUAUUGUUAUCAACAGGAAAAUCUAAAUGUCUAUUUGCUUCGCCAAUAUAAGUGUUGUGCCUUAAAUAUAUGUACAGUAUUUAUGUUUAUUUGUUUGUAGGUGCAGUGCGAGUCCUGCAGUAGGUGGGCACAUUUUGAAUGUGUCCACUAUGACAAAGGGACACAAUAUAAGUGCCAAAAAUGUGGCUGAACUGUUCUGUUUGGCAUUUUGUUGUUCUCUGUUAUGUGUGGCCAGGUAUGGGUUGUUUCAUUUUUGGGAAAAGUUCACCUUUAUUUUUCCUCUGUACAUAAUGGCAGAGUUUUCUUUUUUUAGUUUGUUAUUUUAGUUUGAGUUGGAGAUUGUCGGUAGUCCUGUUUUGUCGGUUUGUUUUAGGUUAUAGGUUUACCUGUUUUUUUUCUUAUUUAGUGGGGAAAGUGCAUGGUCCGACGGCCCAUGCGUACCCCUCUUUUGUUCUUUGACACAAUUUGUUUGUUUGUGUGCCUUUACUUUUAUUUCUUAUUAUUUUAUACUUAUUAUCAAUCCAAAAAUAAUUAUUACAAAACUGAUAAAUUGGGGGGGUGUCUGAGAGAGCCAGAGGUGAGAUAAACCAUAGUCAUCCAGUAUCCGCUUUACUAGCAAAAUCCAUGGGGCUAGUUGUAAUCUGGAUCAAAGUGAUCCGGAUUUGGAAAUCCCAUUUUAUGCUAUCCAGGAUCAGGUAAUCCGUUUUAGUUUCAUGCCGGUUUUGCAAAGCAACAUUGGAUUGGAUCACCCUGAUCCAGAUACACAGUUUUUAAGAUUACCAAAUCCGGAUUACCAGUGCUCUAAAUGGGACAACAUAUCACAAUGUGGCCUAAAGAACAACAGUUAGAAGAGCCAACAUGGGGUCACUUUAAGUGUAUUGCACAACAUCGCUACCAGGCUCAAUGUCCCUCUCUGUGAUGACGUUUGUGAUGCACCUGAGCCUGUUGAAGAACCAGACCAACCUCUGGCCUUCUGUCAGAAUGAGGGACUGACUGGACGUGUAGUAAGGGAUGCAAUAGUUAGAAAUGAUUUUUGACAGGUUCAUCUCUGAUGAUUGUUUCUUUGAUAUUAAUAUACAGUGAUGAAUUACAGAAAAAUUGAAUAUAUUAUUUUUGUUUGUUAUAGAAAUCUGUUUGGGGGAUUAUUUCAUGGUGAUGUAACGGGUACCGUAGUAACGGCACCUUGGUUGACAGAUACGUUCCUGAGAGACAGGAGAGAGAUGAGGACACGGCUGUUCAGUUUCAGGCAC